AUGGAGAAGAGAAAGACACAAAAAAGUGCUUCAGUUAUUGAAGCUGAAAAAAAGGUAAGUUAUGAAGGAACAAGUAAACGCCAAGCAAUAAAUAAUUCAGAAAUGGCAUCAACAGAGACAACAGAUAAAAUAAAAAAUCAAAUAGGAAGUGUCUCUUCCUCAAAAAAGAAAAAAUUAUAUACAACUGAUUAUCCAGACAAUCAAAAACCAGAAGAAAAAGAAGAGAUUGAUUCAGUUGUUGCAUCUAUCAAAGAAGAUAUUAAAGAAAGUGAAAUAAAAAUUAUGAAAAUGCAAAACCGUAAAAAUGUUGUUAAACCAAAAGGAAAAAAACCAAAUACAAAACAAAAAAGUGAUAAACGUGAUGAAGCGGUUCAACAAAAUAUAGAAAAAGCAGAAUCAGAAGAAAUUACUAAAAGUGAUACACAAGUUAUAAUUAAUGAAGAAAAAAAACGUUCUGAAAUAAAUCUUUCUGAAGAACAAGUUAAUGAAAAAAUUGUUUCACAAGAGAUUGGAGUCAAAGAGACACAAGAAGAACACAAUCAAAAUAAUUUCAUUAACUCUCAUGAAGAAAGAUUAAUAGAGAAUGAGAAAGAUAUUGAAAAUACAAAAGAGCUUCAAAAACUAGAUGAAGAAAUUAAUAGAAUCAAGAAAGAAAACGAAGCUAAGAGAAAAAGAAUUUAUGAGAUGAAAGAGGCACAAAAAACACAAAGAGAUAAUGCAAAUGACGUAGAAAAAAGAAGAGAUAAUACUGAAUUAAGAAUUAAGGAGAUAUUGAAGAAUGUAAAUGAUAAACAAGAAAAAAUUGAAAGAGUAUUAAAUGAAAUUAAAACAAUUUGUUAUAAAGAACGAAUUGUUAUAAAUAAAGAAAUUAGUUCUAUUGAAGAAAUUGAAAUAGGUAUUGAAGAACAAAACAAAGAAAAUGAACAAAUGGUUGAAAAUAUGAAAAGGUUAGAAGACUAUUUUGUCCAACAAACAAAUGAGUUUAAGAAGAUAAUAGCAGAAGAGAGUAAAAAAAGGCAAGAAGAACAAAAGAAAGAAGAAACAAUGAAACACCAAUUAAAUGAGUUAAAAUACAAUAAAGAAAUUGGAAUUUUGAAAGAGAAAGAGUUAAUGCAACAAAAUGAUGAUAAACAAAGUGAUAAAGAUGAUUUAAUGAAAGAAAUUCAAGGAUUACAAGAAAAAUUAAAUACUAAAAAAAAAGAAGGAAUUGUUAUAAGAAAUGAAGAAGAAAAGAAAAUAAAGGAAUGUAUUGAUAUGGAAAAAGAAAUUAAAGAAUUACAAGAAAGUCAUUUGAGAAUAGAAGAACAAUGCAAAGUAUUAAAAUCAUAUGUGGAUAAAUUUAAUGAUAAAAAAUGGCUUUGUUUAAUGAAAGAAGAAGAACAAAUCGAGCUAUUAGCUACUAUUGUUGUUCAAUAUAAAUUAAGUCAUCAACAAGUAUAUGAAAAAUCAGUUAUUCAAAUAUUUGAUGAAAUAGUUUCAAAAAAGGUUCCAAUAAAUGAAUGGAAAAGUUAUGUUGUUGGUGCAUUAAACAAUUAG